AUUGCUUUGAAGCGGCAUUGUGAAUCAUGGCUUCAUCUCUUACUGUCGCCUUAGUGCCCAGCAAUAGCUACCUUUUCCCAAUUGUCGGUCUUUGUCUGACCCUGCUGGUAUGGCGCUUCUGGAGGUUCGUGAUUCGUCCCAGACUUUAUCCGCACGAUCCUAAGGAGCUUCCUUAUUGGAUUCCAAUCGUUGGACAUGCCGCGGCAUUUUUCAAUAACUCAUAUGUGCUGCUGAGAAAUGGAGACAAAUACUUCCGCGGCUCCAAAGAGUCUUACGCCGUGGAAGUCAUGGGUCAAACAAUCUACGUGGUGACGUCCGCCCGCGACAGCGCCGAGAUCUACAAGAACACGACCACAAUGUCUUUUGAGAUCUUUGUGCGCAAGUUCAUCCGAAGCUGUGGCGCCAGUGACGAACUGCUGGACAGAUUGUACGGCGCUCCUCCUUCCAGCGGCGAUAUCGAAAGCAGGUCGCUCGGCGAUAAGACUCAUGACUUCCACGGCAUGCAGCUUUUCCCGGGCGGUCAUCUGCCGGAAUUCACUGCCAUCUUCAAGGACUUUCUGGAAGAUGCUGUGCGGAUGGAUCGGCUUCCAGGAAAGCGGUACAUCACAGCCUCUGGAGACGGCUGGGUGAACGUGAAGCUUCUAAAACUUGUCUCAGACUAUUUCGUGGACGCGGGCCAGCGGACGUACUUUGGUAAGCGCCUGGGCGAGAUCGACCCCGAUCUGGUCUGGACGUUCCUCGAGCUGGAGGAUCGGAGCUGGCAGAUUCUGUAUGAGAUUCCGGCACCGUUUGCGCGCAAGGCGCAUGCGGCACGAGAUGGGAUUAUCGAUGCGAUUCAGAAAUGGUUCGAGACACCUCGGGAGAAUCGGCCAGACGGAUCGUGGUGGAUGACCACGAUGGAGACGGAGAUGAAGGCGUUAGGAUUCAACACCCGCGAGAUGGCCACGACGGUGGUUCCAAUUUAUAUCGGAAGCAACACUAGCACCCGGAAAGCCUGUUUCUGGCUUCUCGCUUUCCUCCUCUUCAACCCCCAGCUCAUCGACAUCGUGCGUGAAGAAACUCGACCGGCAUUCGGCAACGGUCCCGUCGACCUCGAAUACCUGAAGAACAACUGUCCCAAGCUCAACGCCAUCUGGAUGGAGACUCUCCGCAUGGCCACGUCCGCCGCCUCGUUCCGCUUCCUGACCGAAGACACCAUGGUCGGCAGUAAAAUGCUCCGAAAAGGAAACCGAGUGCUUGUACCCAGUCGUCAACUGCACUAUGACCCGGACGCCUUUGGCGACGACGUCCAGGCCUUCAACCCGGACCGAUUUUUGACCGGCAACAAGCUGACCAUGGGUCGGAAUUGGAAGCCAUUCGGCGGUGGCAAGAAUCAGUGUCCCGGCCGUUUUGUGGCCCAGCAGCAGACGUUCCUGUUUGUUGCCCUGCUGCUGAAUCGUUUUGACAUCGAGAUGUUGCCUGGGCAGAAGUUUCCGCGGUGGGCUGAGGGAGACCCGUUUCCAGGGAUGAUGCCGACGAAGAAUGGCGAUGAUCUGACUGUGAGACUGACUGAGAGGAAGGAGGCAUAGUAAGUAUGUAGAAAUACCGCCGUCAUCAAAUUGAUUGGAGUCUCC